CCCUUUUAAUAGGUCAAUCUUUGUAAGAAAUUUUGCCUUUCCCACUCUGUCUAUGCAAUCAUCCACUCUAGGAAUAGGGUAAGCAUCUGACUUUGUUACAGCAUUCACUUUCCUGUAAUCUGUGCAAAAUCUAACAGUUCCAUCAGGUUUAGGUACAAUAACACAGGGCGAACUCCAAUUUGAAGUAGAAUGUCUAAUAAUAUCAUUUUCCAACAUGUAUUUGAUUUCCUGAUCAACAAGUUUACUUUUUUCCACAUUCAUUCGAUAUGGGUGUUGUUUGAUUGGUUUUGCAUCCCCAACAUCAACAUCAUGGGUAAUUAUCGAUGUUCUGUUUGGAACAUCUGGGAACAGAUUUUUAAAUUUUAAAAUUAAUUCUCUCAUCUGUUGUUUUUGUGAAACUUGUAAAUGGUCCAACUUCGUUUCAAGGUUCUCCAUGAUAUUUUGGUUUUUCAGUUUCGAUGGAACAAUAUUUGGUCUAAAUUGGCCUUCCUCAACAUCAACAUCAGGCAUUCUAGAAACAACCUUUUCACCAUCCACCAAGGCCACAACUGAAUCCCUCUCAUAAUAAGUAACUCACAAUGACCAAAAAGUACAAAAAGGAUUCUGAAGACUAUCUGACAAUCUGCUUAAAGUAUCUGCUGUUGGUUUUUAACAUCAUCUUCUGGGUGGCAGGUGCUGGUGUGCUUCUCACUGGGACUUGGACGCUGAAUGAGAAGAGAGACUACCUGAGCCUCCUGCCAUCCAGUACGUUUGCCGUCUCUGCCUGUAUCCUUGUCUUUGCUGGAAGCCUUGUGACGAUCACUGGAUUUCUUGGGUGUUGUGCAGUUGUUCGGGAGCAGAAGUCUGCCCUUGUAGCAUAUUUUUCUUCACUCUUGCUAAUCUUCCUGAUUGAGCUGGUAGCCGGCAUCCUUGCUUGUGUUUAUUAUCAAAGGUUAAGUGAAGAACUGCAGCAGCACCUGAACAAAACGAUGAUGGAGAAUUAUGGGCAGCCAGGAGAGGGCAGUGUCACUGAUUCCAUCGAUCGACUCCAGCAAGAUUUCAAGUGCUGUGGCAGCAACAACUCAGCUGACUGGCAGUACAGUGUCUACAUCCUCUCACCUGACUCGGGUAACAGGGUGGUGCCUGACAGCUGCUGUAAAACAGUAACAGAGGCCUGUGGCCAAAGAGACCACCCAUCAAACGUCUAUAAGGUAGAGGGAGGAUGUCUCGCCAUCUUGGAGCUGGUCCUGGCAGAUCACCUGCUGAUCAUGGGAGCAGUUGGCAUUGGUGUGGCCUGCCUGCAGCUGAUCGGAGCCGUAACAACUGCGUGUUUCAUCUGUGUGCUCAUCAAAGAGGAGGAGGAGGAGGAGGAGUAUUUCCAGAGCUGAUGGCUGUACGUAGUCGAGGCAGUCAGCUGCCUGCCUGUGGAACGUGAUUGACCUGUUUAUUCUGAAGAAUUAAAGAGGAUGCAUACUGGUAGUUGGUCACUGUGGCAGGAUACUCUUAGAAGCUGCAGUAUGCUCUCCGGUGGUGCAGAAUGUAUGAACGAUAUGAUUUAUCAAUCAUUUCUAGCCAUCAUGUAUAAACUCCCAGUUACUGUGCCUCACCCUGUCUGACUUUUAAUUAACAUAGAGCAGGGGUGAAGGUAGAAAUGGUUAAAGUUACAUCUGCAUGUCAGGGUGUGUCGCACUGCCUGAACACUAGCUGCUGCCCAAUAACACACGCCUAUUGCUGCUGGAUUAGAUACAAAUGUACAGUAUGACAAAAUGUAAAGUUAGUGUCGCAUGUUUAAGGACAUCAGCCCUUUGGCCCAUUGAACAUGCUGUGCCAUUCACUGCAAUCACAAUGAAUCCUCUGCCUCACCCCGAGGUUCUCCCCACACACAACCCCUCCCACCCCACAUGUAUCACCAGAUCCCCUUUUCAUUUAGUGUUCAACAAUCCAUUUAUCUUGGUGUCCACUCUCCUUGGACAGCCCAUCGGGCUUGAGGGUGACAUUUCCACUCUGGGUCUGUGGGUUCUGAGGUGACUGAUGAGGUGGGAAUCACAGACUUGUCCACAGACGAGGCAGGAGGUGCCUGGCGGGGCGGCCGUGAUAGUUUGUAAGGUGCUGCUCUCCUUCUGCCACUUCCACUGGGCUCCUUUCUGCUCCCGAUACAUGGACCCACAGUUCUGUCCCGAGUGCUCCUUCACUUUGAGCCAUCAAGUGUUGGGUAUUCCCAGGAAUCAGUGGGGAUGUUGCAUUUCUUCAAAGGGGCAUAUACCCGACUCUUUUCCUCUGUCUGCUUAGUAAUCUCUCUUUCAUGUGACAGAGAGGUUAGAGUGUGAGCCAGAGUCUGGUGUCAGCUCUGCUCAUGAUGUGACCUGCCCAACAUGGCUGCCUGAGGGUAACCAGGCCUCAGUACUGCGGAGUGACAUUGGUUCACAUCCUUCCCAUGAAUCUGGAGGAUUUUGUGGGGCUGGUGUUGGUCCCUGGAGGUGUUUGCUGUGAGUUAUCCGGAUCCAUUUCCCUCCAUAGAUGCUGCCUAACCUGCUGAGUUCCUCCAGCUCCUUCGUAUAUUGAUCUCAGAUCAAAUCCCACAGCUUCUGGUGAAGGGAAUUCCAAAGAUUCACAAAUCCUCGGCCACUGCCCUGAGUGUCCUUCCCUUACCCUAGACUUGUAACUGGAAUGAAAUUGGUGAACCUACCUCUCGCUCUGCUGUUUCUGCUCAGCCAGCAUGGUGGGAACCACACACUUGCAGGGUUUUGAGUUGAUGAAGCUGUGUUGGUUCCUUUGUUAGUCCAGAAGAUUCAGCUAUUUGCCUCUUGCAACACCCAGUGAGUGGUUACAGGAGCUGAUUGCUCCUCCAUACACACAGACUGAUGUACAAACCAUUCAAAUGUCCUAUUCUCUGAGCUGACUGUGCAGCAGUUCAUGAUAUACAUCCACUGUGCCUCAGUGAGGGCAUUCUCUCAGUCACUAGGUUGUGGAUUUAAGUCCUGCUCCAAAGACUUCAGCACAAAUUCUUGAAAAGAGCAUUGUGAAAGUGCCACACUGUUGGAAGUGCUGUCUUUUAAAUGACUUGUUAAAUCAGAUGGAUGUAAAAAAUUUUAAAAGUAGAGCAAAGCAUUUUCCUGUGGUAUCCUUAUUCCUGUGCGGUAGUGACACUUUGUUGUU